AUGAUUGGCUAUGUGGUAGCUCCCUACGUCUCCCAAACCCCUCAAUUGAAGGUAAGCAACAUCAUCACAAUGGUCAAUGAUGAGUACCACCAUUUCAUUAGUUACUUGAAAGCAUGGAGGGGGAAGAUGGCCGCCAUGGAGAGCGUUUAUGGUAGCUGGAAGACAACCUACAACGAGCUCCCUCGGUUCCUUAAUGUCAUGGCCAGUACAAAUGUCGGAAGUAUAGUUGUGGUUGAGGUUGUUCCACAUCAUAAAGAGAGGGGUACAUCGACAUUUGUUCGUGCAUUUUGGUGCCUAAAAGCAAUGAUUGAUGGUUGGCAGGAUGCACGGCCAGUUAUUUCCAUUGAUGGUACAUUUCCUAAGGGAAAAUAUAAUGGGAAAUUGCUCGUAGCGGUGGGAGUCGACUCUAAUAACCACCAAUAUCCCAUAUGCUUCGCCCUUGUUGAUGAGGAAACAACGGAAAAUUGGUCUUGGUUUCUACGUCUUUUACGUAGACAUGUAUGCCGCGAUAGAUUGAGGGUUUGUAUUAUAUCUGACCGUGCCACAGGGAUCCUUGCUGCAAUGAAUGACGAACGGAGUGGUUUUACCCCGCCGAUGGGCUAUCACAGAUUCUGCCUCCAUCAUGUUAGGAGCAACUUCUCCAAGGCAUACCCAGGAAAGGAGCUUAAAAUGUACAUGCGGCUAGACGGCAGUACGCCACAGAUUAGGAAACAUGAUGAUGCCUACAUGAAGAAUAUUGGGGAGCUUUCUCCUCAAGGCUUGAGGUGGUUGCAAGGGAUAAGUCCAGCCCUUUGGACAAUUUGUCAUGACACAGGCCACGCUCGUUACGGCCAAGCUACCACAAACAUCACGAAGAGCUUUAAUGGUAACGUGCGCGUGGCUCGGCACCUACCUUUGACCGCAAUGAUUGAAUUCAUGUUUUGUAAAACUGUUAGGAUGGUCAACAAGGAGAGGAACGCAGUGUUUGAGGGCAUUGGGGAGGGUCAUGAACUUUUUCCAAGGACGAGAAAUAAGUUGGAGAAGAUUGCAGCCAAAGCUAACCGGCACCGGGUCGAGACAUUUUAUAGAGGAACCGGUUUGUUCUCUGUAAAGACGCAAAGGUACAGGGUAAAAAGGUGCAAUAAGGGCGGGAACACAUAG